AUGGUCCACCCUGUCGAAAACGAGGUGCACCACUACUGGUAUCAUAAAACAGCCAAUUUGCCGCUGUUGGCAAGCAUUGUUUUGGGCCAGAAGAAAAUGCUAGUAGAGGGUAGCUGCAACUUCCUGCUACGAUACUACUUCGUCGGACUUCUUUUCAAGAUCGAUUUUGCUAUGCUGAACCAACGAUUUCCAGACCCCACCGUUGCCGUCUCUUCGGAGGCCGUGAACAACUUCUUGACUUGCGACCCGAAGGGAUCUCUUGGCAUUGGCGGACGAGUCACGAAUUGCUUUCAACAAGAGCCGACAGUCAUCAGCAAUAAGGGACGCGGCGUCGACGCUGUUGCGAGCCAAAACGACAAAGGCAAGAGCAACAGCUAA